AUAAGUCGCCACCUAUCGUCAAUUUUCAUCUUAUAGCAACAUUAUGGUUGUCAUCAGACAACACCACCGGAAGAACUUCUUGUGUGUCACGUCAAGCAAGAAAAAGCAUUGCCAUUCAGAACAAGCACAUUUAUUUCUCAAUUUAUUUUGUCAAUCAGUUCUUUAUUUUUGAGUGAGUUGUUAAAUAAAUCUAGUUGAAUUUAUUUACUGUGUGUUUCGUCAUCGAGAAUCGGCAAGGCGAGAGAAGGCGGUCCUUUUCGCCAGGAUUGAGAUAUUCUCUCCCUUUUCAGGUAUAUCAGGAACCUCCGGAUAUUAUCUACAGGAAUUGUUUUAGGAUUUCAUGCGUGAUAUUCUAUACUUUUAGGUACUAGAGAAGCAUCAGGGAAUUCUCUAUUUACCAUUUAUCUGGAACUCAUGCGCAAUAUACUAUAUUUUUAGGUAAGAGAUUCUCCUGACCAUAAACUUGGUCCAUCCGAGCCUCUAGUUGGCUCACCACAUACAGAGGCGUGGGUUCAGCUAGAAAGAAUCAGCAAAUCAGACAGACGUCAGGAGAGCAGCCGCACAGAGGCAAAAAUUGUGACAGAAUUUGGGAGCACAGAGUCCCAAGAGCAUCAGCAAUCAGAGCAUAUACGUGUAGCAUCCCGGUCAGAGCCCGGACACGUAUUCCGGAAGAUUUUGAGCACAGAUAACCUCAAAAUCUAAGGCAGCAUUCAGCACAGAUUCACGAUGACGACGCUAAUUCAAGAAAGAGAUUUUCUAUUCAGCACAAUCCAGGACAUUGAGAAGUAUGCAACACGAAUAGAUUUCUCGGAAAUACCGGCCAGCAGGGCCAUUCCAGAGCUCAAAGCAAAGUUUGCUUUCACCAACACUACACGUCAAAGAUUUCUUGUGCUGCAUCACGACAUCAGUAAGAAGAAAUUAGACGAUGAUCAGAGACAGGCAGAAGAGAUUCUUCUGCAGAAUUUCUUGAGAAUGUGCAAUGUAAUUGACAUGAAAAUCAAUGAGGUUAUGUAUCAGUAUCAGUACCAAGAAGCAGCAGAACAGAAGCAAAAGCCAGAAUUAUCAGCAGCUGAAGGCAAUUCUACACUUGCACAGAUUCUCGAGACAGUGUUGGAGAAACAGACAAAGAACAUUCAGGAUAUUGUUGGCGCACACAAACUGGAGAUCGAGACCAUGAGCAAUGUUCUCGAAAAGCAGACAGCAAUCAAACACAAGAGGUACAAAUUGCCACCACUGGAGAUUCCAAAGUUCUCAGGGAAACUUACCGAGUGGACAAAAUUCCGUGAUUUGUACAUGAGCAACAUUCACAACAGGGAUGAUCUCGAACCAGUCGAGAAAUUCCAGUAUCUGGCGUCCUAUUUGACAGGGGAAGCAGCUUCAUACAUUAAGAAUAUUCCAGCGACAGAUGCAAACUACCAUGAUGCAUGGGAGAGGCUGGUCAGAUCGUACAACAAGCCGAAAAAUAUUGCAUUCGAUCACAUUAGAGCAUACAUUGAACAGUCUAAGAAGGCCGUCAGCAAUCCUGAAGAAUUGAAGACAUUAUUUGUCACCAUUGAAGAGACGGUGCGUGCACUAGAUGCUCUCAACGCUACAGGCAGGGAUCCAUGGUUAAUUUAUUUGGCCAUGGAAGCAUUUGACAGUGAAACCAGAAAUCAGUGGUCUCGUGAACCAAUCUCAGGAGUCAUUCCUACUUUCGAUGAAUUCACGGAGUUCAUCGAGAAACGAUACGAUUCAUGGAUAUCUUGCUGGGAGAAAAAGCAAGAAAGCAAGUCAGCAAAACCAAUUCCCGGAAAACAGUCAAAACCACCAGGGUUUAAGGGAUUUGGAUCUCAACAGAAUCAGAAGACAAUACCAGGUUCUUCAUCUCUUGUUUCCACUACGGGACAGGGAACAAUGCAAUGUUUUAUCUGCUCGGGCAAUGAUCAUCAUGUCGCGAAAUGCCAGAAAUUCCUGACAUCAGAGCCAUCCCGCAGAGUUGAACUAAUCAGGACAGCAGCAUUGUGUUUCAAUUGUCUACGUCCAGGUCACCGAUUGUCAGAAUGUCGUGGAGGAACCUGUAGGCAAUGCCAGAUGAAGCACAACACACUCAUCCAUGAGGCCUUUGCACAGAAGCCAAGGGAUCAUGUUACACAGAAGCAAUCAGAAACAGAUAAGCAGCCAGAAGAGACGCAACAAUCAGCAACACAAAGGAAUUUACCAACAGGAACAUCAUCCACUGGACUGGUGAAUCACACAGUGAUGGCUUCGCAGAGCUCAACACUUAGUCUAUUGCCAUCUAUUCAGAUCUUGGUCAAGGAUCGUGAAGGAAAGCAGCACCAGUGUCGAGCAUUACUGGACUCAUGUUCACAGUCAAACAUGAUCACGCGCAGCAUGGCAGUACUUCUCAAUUUGCCCGUCAGAGUGUCUACAAUCGGAGCAGUCAAGGGUAUUGGUGCCAUGUCAGCUGGCACACCACAGGAGCUUACAGCAGACAUUUCCUCCAGAGAUAAUGCAGUUUCGAUGAAGCUAGAUUUUCUAGUGCUUGACCACAUUACGGACGAUCAGCCAGUUUCAACAGCCAAUGUGACUCAUCAGAUUCCAACGAAUGUAUUUUUGGCCGACCCAGAAUUCUACAAACCAAGGAGAAUUGACAUGCUGUUAGGUGCAGAUGUGUUUAUGAAGAUUUUGCGCAGUCGUCAGAUUCCGGGAUCUCCUACAUUCCAAGAGACAGCAUUUGGAUACGUUGCAGCGGGAGUUUACGGAACAAAAGGUCCAUUGGAAAUUGCAAACAGUUUCAUUUCAACAUGUUCCUGUUCUGGAGAUCAACUGAAGUCACUCAAUGAACAGUUUGAGAAGUUUGUCAAGGCGGAAGAGCUACAGAAAUCUCAAGGAGUUCUGACAGCAGAGGAGAAUAGGUGCGAGGAGCAUUUUGUUCUCAACACCACACGCACUGAGACAGGAAGAUUCGUGUGUGGUAUUCCCACUACAGAUGACUUACACACUUUGGGUGAAUCUAAGGAACAGGCCAUGAAGCAGUUUCUCUGUGGAGAAAGACAACGAUUGAGAAAACCAGAGUUGAAUAAGCAGUAUGUAGAAUUCAUGCAAAAUUACAGAGAGUCCAAUCACAUGAGAUUGCAGCCACCAGGGUAUCAAUCAUCAAAGCCAGAGGUGUUUUUGCCACACCAUCCAGUAUUCAAAGAAUCCAGCACCACACCAGUGAGAGUGGUAUUUAAUGCAUCAAAGAAGACAAGUUCAGGAAAGUCUCUCAAUGAUGUUUUGAUGGUCGGACCGAAAGUGCAGGAUGACAUUUUCGAUAUCAUGAUUCGAAGCCGAGAAGACAGAAUUCUCGUAAAAGCAGAUUUGAAGCAGAUGUUCAGACACAUCGACAUUCGGGAUGAAGAUCAAAGUCUACAGAAGAUCUUCUGGAGAGACACCCCGAGUGAACCAGUUCAGAUUUAUUUGCUGAGGACGGUAACAUAUGGUACAGCAUGUGCACCAUUCUUGGCAGCCAGGUGCAUCAAGCAAUUGUCCAUUGACGGAAAACAGCAGUUUCCUCUAGCAGCAUCGGUGGUCGAGAAAGACACCUACAUGGAUGAUGUAAUCACCAGCAUCGGAAGCAUCCAAGAAGCGAUUGAGCUCCAGAAACAGUUGGAUGGUCUAUUCAAAAGUGGAGGGUUCUUUCUCAGGAAGUGGUGUUCAAAUGCCCCGGAAGUUCUGGAAGGGAUACCGGAAGAAGAUAGAGAGAUAAAGGGUUCUCUCGACAUGGACUUCGAAGGCAGUGUCAAAACCUUGGGCAUUGCAUGGAAUCCUGCCACAGAUCUCUACAGUUAUGAGGCCACGGAGUUCAAUUCAUUGGUCACAAAAAGGAACAUCUUAUCAGAUACAGCGAGGAUUUAUGACCCACUUGGAUUGCUUGCACCACUCACAGUGACAGCAAAAAUCCUCUUCCAGUCUCUCUGGAAGCUGAAGGCGGAUUGGGAUACAGAAUUGAAUGAAAAUAUUCAAGCUCAGUGGAAACAGUAUCAGGAGAAUGUUGUCAAUGUCACAACCCAGAUGACCAUACCAAGACAGAUUAGUGACUCAUUAUUUGUAAUGACUCAAGUGCAAUUGAUAGGUUUCAGUGAUGCGUCAGAAAAGGCAAUAGCAGCAUGUGUGUAUGCUCGCACCAUUGACAGUGAUGGCAGAGUGAGCUCAAGACUAUACGCAGCAAAAACAAAGGUUUCACCAGUGAGCAAGAUAACAAUCGCUCGAUUGGAAUUGUGUGCAGCAGCAUUAUUGGCAAAACUCAUCAGGAGGGUAAAGGACGCGAUGAAGAGAGAAGUCACAGAGAUUCAUGCCUUCUCAGAUUCGACGAUUGUCUUGUGUUGGAUAGCAAAGGAUCCAUCGCAUUGGAAGACGUUCGUGUCUAAUCGUGUCUCAUAUAUUCAGAACAACAUUCCAACUGCAAAGUGGCAUCAUGUUAUUUCACAAGAGAAUCCAGCGGAUUUAGCAUCACGAGGAGUUUCAGCAGAUGAACUCGUUCACAGCAGCUUGUGGUGGACAGGACCACCAUGGAUGACAGAGGAUGAGAUGACACUUAGAUCAGCAAAUGAAGAUGUUGCAGGAGCAGAAGCUGAGAUUCGCAAGAGUAUUACGCUUGUCAGUACAGCAGACUUUUGGGAGUUUAUCUAUCGGUAUUCGUCCUACACGAAAAUCAUCAGAUAUGUCGCUUUAUGGAAGCGAUAUAUGCACAAUUUGCAGGCCAAGAAGAAGAAGACAGAUCCCAUCACAGGAUGUUUGACACCAGUUGAGCUAGAGACAGCCGCAUGUUCAGUUCUGAGACAUGUUCAGCAACAGAUGUUCACCGAGGACUAUGAUACACUCGAGAGGAAGGUGGAGACCUCAGAAAAAUCUCGCUUUUUUCGCCUGAACCCAUUUCUAGACAACAAUGGGCUUAUCAGAGUUGGUGGACGAAUACGUCGAGCCCACAUUCAGUAUGAUCAGAAGCACCCGAUUUUGCUACCACAGAAUCAUCACAUAACAAGACUUAUCGCAGAAGAAGCUCACCAGGAAACUCUACAUGGGGGAACACAGCUGAUGCUGACACAUAUUCGACAGAAGUUCUGGCCCAUAAGAGGAAUUGAUUUGUGCAAGAGGACCGUUAAGAAGUGUGUCACCUGUUUCCGAGUGAAGCCGAAAGCUACAGAACAUUACAUGAGUGAUUGUCACUCAGCCAGGGUUAACGCAGUUCAUCCAUUCUACCAGACAGGGAUAGACUACUGUGGUCCAGUAUACAUCAAAACACCAGUGCGCUCCAGAGUAGUGCUCAAGAUGUACAUAGCACUAUUCACAUGUCUCGCGACACGUGCAAUUCAUCUAGAAUUAGUCACGGACCUCACUACCCAGGCUUUUAUCGCAGCUCUAAAACGAUUCAUGUCUCGUCGCGGGAAACCCAACGAAAUUCUUUGUGAUAAUGCCAUGACGUUCGUUGGGGCUGACAGAGAGAUCCGCCAAAUGUCCGAACUGAUGUCUUCAGAGGAACAUCAGACCAGAGUGAUUGAUUCCGCUGCCAGAGAGGGAAUCACCUUCAAGUUCAUACCACCGCGCAGCCCACAUUUUGGAGGAGCGUGGGAAUCUUUGAUUAAAAGAGUGAAGUUUCAUCUUUACAGAGCAGCAGGAGAUUCUCAUCUCACCCAGGAAGAGAUGUUAACACUUUUAGCCCAGAUUGAAGCGUGUGUUAACUCGCGCCCAUUGACUACAAUUUCAUCAGAUCCUGCUGACCUUGAACCGUUGACACCAGCACAUUUUCUGAUCGGACGAGCUUUUACUUCGCUACCAGAACCAAACCUCACUAAUGUGUCCGAGGGAAGAUUGAAGCAUUGGAAGUCAGUGCAACAGCGUGUGCAGUUUUUCUGGCACAGAUGGUCAACAGAGUACUUACACACACUACAGCAAAGACACAAGUGGACAAGUCAUUACCCAGCAGUCAAAAUUGGAGACAUCGUGAUCAUCAUGGAGGACAAUCUGCCACCGUUGAAAUGGAAGAUGGGCAGAGUCAUCCUCACUCAUCCAGGCGCAGACGGAACUGUGAGAGUGGUCACAGUUCAGACCAGAACUGGCACCUAUCGACGAGCCGUCGCCAAGUUGUGUGUGCUACCCAUUGAAUCUCCAGAAACCCCAUCCGGUGUUUCUGCCCGGCCAGGAAAUGGUACGACAUAAGUCGCCACCUAUCGUCAAUUUUCAUCUUAUAGCAACAUUAUGGUUGUCAUCAGACAACACCACCGGAAGAACUUCUUGUGUGUCACGUCAAGCAAGAAAAAGCAUUGCCAUUCAGAACAAGCACAUUUAUUUCUCAAUUUAUUUUGUCAAUCAGUUCUUUAUUUUUGAGUGAGUUGUUAAAUAAAUCUAGUUGAAUUUAUUUACUGUGUGUUUCGUCAUCGAGAAUCGGCAAGGCGAGAGAAGGCGGUCCUUUUCGCCAGGAUUGAGAUAUUCUCUCCCUUUUCAGGUAUAUCAGGAACCUCCGGAUAUUAUCUACAGGAAUUGUUUUAGGAUUUCAUGCGUGAUAUUCUAUACUUUUAGGUAAGAGAUUCUCCUGACC